AUGUCAUGUGACCACGCCUAUCACCAUGCCCCCACCGCCAAUAGUAGUGUGAAACACGGCACAGCGUCACAAUUGGCCACGAUUGAAUGCAACCUGAGUCCACCGUUGUUGGCCUUUGUCCAGACAUGGUUGGAUGAGUACAGCGAGGACUUCAGAGACCCUCCGCUGCACUCGGGCCUCCGACUCCUUUUGGAUCACCUUAGGCUCAGCUGUGCUGUUCAUGACCAAAUGCGCUCUCAGCCUAACUUUUGUUCUCUGGCUGGCCAGGCUGAAAACCUGCUAAAGAGGUUCCAGAAAGAAGAAGGUGAGACAAAUGCGAGAACGGCCAACGUGGAGCAAGACAAGCAGCCUUCAAGUGAUGAGGAUUCAGGUUGUGAAAACUCUCAAGAUCAAGGAGACAUUUUGGAUUUCUCAGCUGGAGUCAUUGCACAGCAACUCACCCGCAUUGAUUCUGCCUUAUUUGUCAAGGUGGCUCCAUACCAAUGUUUGGGCUGCAUCUGGUCACAAAGGGACAAGAAGGAGAACAUGUCCCCCACCAUCAGGGCCACCGUCGCGCAGUUCAAUGCCAUCACCAACCUGGUCAUCGUGUCGCUGCUGUGCCGCCCCACAUGUGGCGCCACCAGCCCCACUUCCUCCUGCUUGCCUCCCACGGCUCCGCCUCAUCGAGCUCGCAUCAUCGAGAAAUGGAUCAGAAUAGCACAGGAGUGUCGCAGUUUGAAGAACUUCUCCUCACUCAGGGCAAUCCUGUCCGCCCUUCAGUCCAACGCGGUCUACAGACUGAGAAAGACCUGGGCUGCAGUCGGCAGGGACAGCAUGGCAACAUUUGAUAACCUCUGUGAAAGCUUCCCUGAUGAAAACUGUCUCCUCACCAACAGAGCACUCCUGAUGGAGAGUACGUCCAGUGGCGUGGUGCCUUACCUGGGUACCUAUCUGACUGUCCUCACCAUGCUGGACACAGCCCUGCCGGACACUCUGGAGGGUGGACUCAUAAACUUCGAGAAGAGGAGGAGGGAGUUUGAGGUUCUCUCACAAAUCUGUGUCCUGCAGUCGUCCUGUUCCCAGUUCAGCCUGCCUCACCAUCCCAGAAUUGCUGAUUGGAUGCAGGGACAUAAACUACUCACUGACCAAGAAAGCUAUGAACUGUCACGACGAUUGGAGCCUCCAAUGGACGUGUGUUCCCCAAUUGCCUGGAGCCAUCGAACACUCACCAAGAAACUUUCCUCUAUCUUGACAAUGAGUGAUGGAUCCAAAAAGCUCCCAGCGGACCAGAUCAGUGUUUCGUCUUCAGGAUCCAGUGGUUCAGAGUUGGAAGACCUGUCCUCCACGAACUCUGCCUGUUCCAUCAGACUACAGUCUUUCCACAGCUCGUCCAACAAUUUGUCAGAGGCCUUUUCUUCCUCCUCCUCCUCUUCGUCAUCUUCACCCUGCUCUUCGGCCACCUCCUCGACAGACUCCCCAACUCCCCCGGGCUCGUCCUCCGACUCCCUUUGCUCGUCGGCCACGUCCCGCGCGAGCGCUUCGCCCGCCUGCUCCGCCUCCCACCACAAACGCUCGGUGUCCAUGACCUCCCUGCCCAUCUACAACCGCCAGGACGCCGACGCCUGCAUUGUGAGGGUGAGCGUGGACCUGGGCCGCAACGACGGCAACAUGUACAAGAGCAUCCUGUUGACCAGCCAGGACAAAACGGCGCAUGUGAUUGAGCGGGCGCUGGACAAGCAUCACCUGGAGCACAUGGACUGGCAGGACUUCACUCUGACACAGGUCAUCUCACAGGAGAGAGAGUUGCUCAUCCCAGACAAGGCCAACGUCUUCUAUGCCAUGUCCACCACUGCCAACUUCGAUUUUGUCCUGCGUCGGUUCCGCAAUGGCCAGAAGAAACCCCUGAGAGCCACGUCCAGUCUUGGUCGGUACAGCAAGUAGCAGCGCACAAGCAGCGAAGAACAGUUAGUACGUUUUAUGGUUUAUGAAGAUAUUGUCAAGCUCUUACGGGAGCAGAAGAAAGCACUUUAUGGAGGAGGCUCAGUCAUAUUCUGGUAGGAAUCCAGUCAUUGAACCACUUGUCUGGUUUCUCCCAUUUGUCGUUACGCUGCUAACAGUGGUCCUUCUAGUGUCAAUGGCGCCCUGUGCAAGACCCCUUUUAGUGUGUCAUUAGCUCAUUUGAUCACAUCCAUUGUAUAAUACAUGAAGUGAUAACUACGCUCUAUACCAGGGGUGUCCAAACGUUUGGACCUGGGAGCCACAUUGGGCUAAGAAAAAGUUGGCCGAGGGCCGAAGCCAACUGCAUGUAAAGUAACUAUGUA